GCUAUGAAUGGGGGUAAAGUGGGGGUCAGGUAUGUGAAUGUAUGUCUUCCGCAUUUGCUUUAGUGCUUCGUUUAUACUGUUUUUGACUGUUUUGUAGACAAGUGUUAGUACAAGUCAUUGCCCUCUCAAACCUCAAACUCAACAUUCAAUAUAUUGUUGUAUGAGUUAUACCAUUGAAUAGCAUUGAAUUACAGCAUAACUAUUAUUAUUAUUAUAAUCAAUGCCUGAACUACCCCUUUAGCACUUGAAUUAUCAACUCUAUGGUCAACUUUAAAGACAUUUUUUUGUUUAUUAUUUCCACCGAUUCUAGUCUUUAACGUCAAACAUAUUCAACAAAUAUCUGACAAACAAUUGAUUGCCAUUUAUAGCCAAACAAGACUUUGAUUGCUUUUGAGGACAUAUUUGGCUAUUAAUGGGAAUAUCGUGUAAACAAACAUAUAGUCAAUGAAAUAUAGUCAGUGUUCAGCCACUAUAAGCCAGCCCUGUAUCGGCCGGACUCUGUUCCCGACAGCGCCAACACAUCAGACCAACAAUGGCUUUCAUAGUAGACCUGCGAUUCCCACAUCUAAUUUAGUCGACUAUUUUCCCAUCAAUGGUGAUGGACUUCGUCUAACUUGGUCUCAUGCGGCCAAUACUCGGUCCAAAUUGAAUGCUGCCAUCAGAGGUGAAGAAUUGAUGAUUGAAGCCGAUGUAAGCCUAGCUGAGACAACCCGUUAUCCGGUGCCCAUUAUGGCUCAUCCACCCAAUAAUGUCAGUGAUAUGACUUUGGAGGACUGGUUGGUGGAAGUGGUUCGAUCUAAUUGUGGUAAAGGAAUUAAAUUGGAUUUUAAAACUACUCGAGUGGUUGAACCAGCAUUUCGAGUACUGGCCCGACAUGUGGACUAUAUUAAAGGUCCUAUUGUUCUAAAUGCAGAUAUAUUACCCGGUCCCAAUAAGCCAUCGACCAGUCCCGUCGAUAUCUGGACUUUUCUGAUACUCUGCAAAACCCGUUUUCCUAAAGCAAUUAUAUCAAUCGGUUGGACCACAAAUACUGAUGAUAUGUCAGUGAAGAGUGGUUACACUCGAGAUAUGGUGGACCACAUGGCCUCUCUCGUCAAGGAAUAUAAUUUAUCGCAACCCUUGACUUUUGCUGUCAAUGCAUCACAUCUUAAAUAUUCAAUUUGUGAAAUCCAAAGAUUACUGUUUCAAGUACCUAACAGUACAUUGACGGUGUGGGCGCACCCGCAAGAGUUUGAGUCCAACUUGACUUUACACGACUUGUUAUUAAUAAGAAAAUCGUUUUCUGUCUGUUCUGUCUUCUAUGACAUGCCAUCAGAUAUAUUGAAUCAGUUGAGAGUUGAGGUGUACUCUAAUUGAAUCGGUUGAAAUUAACUAACAUAUCAAUCGAUUAUAUCCUAACCCAACGUUGAGUGUCCUCUCAUUCACAGAGAUAUUGUAAAUUAUAAUUAUUGGUACAUUUAAGUACAUUUUGUGCAAAAAUACAUGCAAUUCAAACAUUUGGUUGCAUUUAUUGAUGUUUUGGUUGUGUUCAAUACAAUUUACCAUUUAUUAACCAAAUUAGACAAUUAGUUUAACACUGAUUUAACGAAAGAGAGAGAGAGAGAGAGAGAGUGAAUAUAGUGACAAACUAUUAGCGGAUAUGACUAUCAGUGAGAUAUGGCUGUAAUAAUGUAUACCCGAUAAUGAAUAUGUGAUAUUAAGAGUUUAAUUCAAAUGCCAUCCACUAAUUGUUUGUCACAUUUUUAAACACUUUAUAAAAAUUAUAUAUUUAUGAUAUAUAUUUUGAUGAGACG